AUGAGCCACUGCGCCCAGCCUGAGCUCCUUUCUUUUGGAGCAUAUUUGGUCUGCUUUUUCUCUAGCUUCAGCACCUGAAGUUUUUGCUGCUCCUGCCCCGGCCCCGGCCCUGAAUGACACCUUCAUCUGGUUCACGGAGACUCAGGUCUGCUCUCAUGCCCCUGAGCAGGACUAGAUGCCUCUCUCAUCCUGUAGGGCAUUCUCUCUGCAAUUCUGUAGAAAGGUGGUGGUCAUCGGAACCAACUGCUUGUUCUAGCUUCUCUGUGCCAGGCUCUGUUUUAAAGGCCUCACGUUUAGCCAUUCACUCAGUGUUUUCUGACAGCCUUCUAGGAUAGGUGCCAUUAUUUGGGCUGGUGUAGUGCUUGGUCAAAUGCAGCAUAAUGAAGGUAUCAAGGAGGGAACAAUUCCAAGCAAAGCCACUUGUUCACCCAUCCUGAGUCUAGGAGAUUUGGAAGAUCUAAAGAAGUAGCAGGCGAUUAUUGUCACCAUUUUACAGAUAUAGGCACAGAGAGACCCAGUUAUUUGCUGACAUCCCUCCACUGAACUGGGCGCUCAUCCUUGUCACUCACCCAGAGGCUGAGCGAGUGCCUCUCACCCACCAAGCUCUGUUGAACUUGUGCCUUUGCGGGGCUGUGAUCCUGUGGCUGUCUCAUGGAGCUGCAGAGUAGGUCUGUGUGUGUCUCUUCUCAGGCUACUGAAGGUGAGGCUUUGUGUGCAUGCCUGGCACAUACCAGCCAUUCCAUAAGUGUUAGUGGAACAGGUGAGUCAAUAAGUCAGGGAGUAAAAUUUGUGCUUUAAAAGUAGAACAUGAUGGAGAGAACUUGUACUGCCUUCCAGCCACCUUGCUGUGAGAGGACAGGCCAUGGGCUCUGGAGUUUGAAGGCUGGGUCAGGUCAUGCUCUGGAUUCUUUACUUGCUCACAUGGCAUGUCCUUAGUUUCACUUCCCUCGCUGUCAGUGGAGCUGUUGCAGCGGGCAGUGUCAGAGGCAACAUCCAUUUAGCGCUGCCAAUUCGACCCCAUCCCCAUCUUAUACUGGCCUCCCACCCUGCUUCUGUGGGGUGCCUCAGAGGAGAGUAAGGUGAACCCAACUAUGCAACCGAGACACGGCUUUGACAACACUGUUGAUCCCGUUUGGAAAAUCCAGCUAUGGAAGCCUUUCUUCCAUGGCUCAGAACACACUCCUGGAUCGAGCCAACAGGAGAACUUUCUGUGGAGACUUUAAAAAAGACUCAUCCGUAUGCCGUGUUCACUGCCUGGUAUCUUGGUGAGGACUGAAGCCUAAGGACCCUGAGAACAGCUGCAGAUGAAGAUGGCAAGCACCCGCUGCAAGCUGGCCAGGUACCUGGAGGACCUGGAGGAUGUGGACUUGAAGAAAUUUAAGAUGCACUUAGAGGACUAUCCUCCUCAGAAGGGCUGCAUCUCCCUCCCGAGGGGUCAGACGGAGAAGGCAGACCAUGUGGAUCUAGCCACGCUAAUGAUUGACUUCAAUGGGGAGGAGAAGGCGUGGGCCAUGGCCGUGUGGAUCUUUGCUGCCAUCAACAGGAGAGACCUUUAUGAGAAAGCAAAAAGAGAUGAGCCGAAGUGGGGUUCAGAUAAUGCACGUGUUUCUAAUCCCACCGUGAUAUGCCAGGAAGACAGCAUUGAAGAGGAGUGGAUGGGUUUACUGGAGUACCUUUCGAGAAUCUCUAUUUGUAAAAAGAAGAAAGAUUACUGUAAGAAGUACAGAAAGUACGUGAGAAGCAGAUUCCAGUGCAUUGAAGACAGGAAUGCCCGUCUGGGUGAAAGUGUGAGCCUCAACAAACGCUACACACGACUGCGCCUCAUCAAGGAGCACCGGAGCCAGCAGGAGAGGGAGCACGAGCUUCUGGCCAUCGGCAAGACCAAGACGUGGGAGAGCCCCGUGAGUCCCAUUAAGAUGGAGUUGCUGUUUGACCCCGAUGAUGAGCACUCUGAGCCUGUGCACACCGUGGUGUUCCAGGGAGCGGCAGGGAUUGGGAAGACAAUCCUGGCCAGGAAGAUUAUGUUGGACUGGGCGUCGGGAACACUCUACCAAGACAGGUUUGACUAUCUGUUCUAUAUCCACUGUCGGGAGGUAAGCCUUGUGACGCAGAGGAGCCUGGGGGACCUGAUCAUGAGCUGCUGCCCUGACCCAAACCCACCCAUCCACAAGAUCGUGAGCAAGCCCUCCAGAAUCCUCUUCCUCAUGGACGGCUUUGACGAGCUGCAAGGUGCCUUUGACGAGCACAUAGGACCGCUCUGCACUGACUGGCAGAAGGCCGAGCGGGGAGACAUUCUCCUGAGCAGCCUCAUCAGAAAGAAGCUCCUUCCCGAGGCCUCUCUGCUCAUCACCACGAGACCUGUGGCCCUGGAGAAACUGCAGCACUUGCUGGACCAUCCUCGGCAUGUGGAGAUCCUGGGUUUCUCGGAGGCCAAAAGGAAAGAAUACUUCUUCAAGUACUUCUCUGAUGAGGCCCAAGCCAGGGCAGCCUUCAGUCUGAUUCAGGAGAAUGAGGUCCUCUUCACCAUGUGCUUCAUCCCCCUGGUCUGCUGGAUCGUGUGCACUGGACUGAAACAGCAGAUGGAGAGUGGCAAGAGCCUUGCCCAGACAUCCAAGACUACCACUGCGGUGUAUACCUUCUUCCUUUCCAGUUUGCUGCAGCCCCGGGGAGGGAGCCAGGAGCACCGCCUCUGCGCCCACCUCUGGGGGCUCUGCUCUUUGGCUGCAGAUGGAAUCUGGAACCAGAAAAUCCUAUUUGAGGAGUCUGACCUCAGGAAUCAUGGGCUGCAGAAGGCGGAUGUGUCUGCUUUCCUGAGGAUGAACCUGUUCCAGAAGGAAGUGGACUGUGAGAAGUUCUACAGCUUCAUCCACAUGACUUUCCAGGAGUUCUUUGCCGCCAUGUACUACCUGCUGGAAGAGGAAAAGGAAGGAAGGACCAACGUUCCAGGGAGUUGUUUGAAGCUUCCCAGCCGAGAUGUGACAGUCCUUCUGGAAAACUAUGGCAAAUUCGAAAAGGGGUAUUUGAUUUUUGUUGUACGUUUCCUCUUUGGCCUGGUAAACCAGGAGAGGACCUGCUACUUGGAGAAGAAAUUAAGUUGCAAGAUCUCUCAGCAAAUCAGGCUGGAGCUGUUGAAAUGGAUUGAAGUGAAAGCCAAAGCCAAGAAGCUGCAGAUCCAGCCCAGCCAGCUGGAAUUGUUCUACUGUUUGUACGAGAUGCAGGAGGAGGACUUCGUGCAAAGGGCUAUGGACUAUUUCCCCAAGAUUGAGAUCAAUCUCUCUACCAGAAUGGAUCAUGUGGUUUCUUCCUUUUGCAUUGAGAACUGUCAUCGGGUGGAGUCACUUUCCCUGGGGUUUCUCCAUAACAUGCCCAAGGAGGAAGAGGAGGAGGAAAAGGAAGGCCGACACCUUGAUAUGGUACAGUGUGUCCUCCCAGGCUCUCAUGCUGCCUGUUCCCACAGAUUGGUGAACAGCCAUCUCACUUCCAGUUUUUGCCGGGGCCUCUUUUCAGUUCUCAGCACCAGCCAGAGUCUAACUGAAUUGGACCUCAGCGACAAUUCUCUGGGGGAUCCAGGGAUGAGAGUGUUGUGUGAAACGCUCCAGCAUCCUGACUGUAACAUUCGGAGAUUGUGGUUGGGGCGCUGCGGCCUCUCGCAUGAGUGCUGCUUCGACAUCUCCUUGGUCCUCAGCAGCAACCAGAAGCUGGUGGAGCUGGACCUGAGCGACAACGCCCUUGGGGACUUCGGGAUCAGACUUCUGUGUGUGGGACUGAAGCACCUGUUGUGCAAUCUGAAGAAGCUCUGGCUGGUCAGCUGCUGCCUCACAUCAGCGUGUUGUCAGGAUCUUGCGUCAGUAUUGAGCACCAACCGUUCCCUGACCAGACUCUACGUGGGGGAGAAUGCCCUGGGAGACGCAGGAGUCGCAAUUUUAUGUGAAAAAGCCAAGAAUCCACAAUGUAACCUGCAGAAACUGGGGUUGGUGAAUUCUGGCCUUACAUCAGUCUGUUGUUCAGCUUUGUCCUCGGUACUCAGCACUAAUCAGAAUCUCACGCACCUUUACCUGCGAGGCAACACUCUCGGAGACAAGGGGAUCAAGCUACUCUGUGAGGGACUCUUGCACCCCGACUGCAAGCUUCAGGUGUUGGAAUUAGACAACUGCAACCUCACGUCACACUGCUGCUGGGAUCUUUCCACACUUCUGACCUCCAGCCAGAGCCUGCGAAAGCUGAGCCUAGGCAACAAUGACCUGGGCGACCUGGGGGUCAUGAUGUUCUGUGAAGUGCUGAAACAGCAGAGCUGCCUCCUGCAGAACCUGGGGUUGUCUGAAAUGUAUUUCAAUUAUGAGACAAAAAGCGCGUUAGAAACACUUCAAGAAGAAAAGCCGGAGCUGACCAUCGUCUUUGAGCCUUCGUGGUAGGGGUGGAAGCAGCGCUGCCAGACGCGGCGGUCUCCGGGCCCUCCAGCCGGGGGUCCUCAGGUGGAGCGAGCUGCGACCCAUGCAGGCCAAGAGCACAGCUCUGUGAUCCUUCCGGGGGAGUGUCGGAGAGGAGAGCGCGCCCGCCGGGCCUUCGUGUGGAGAGCUGGGGCGUCUCCUUUGCGCCCGGGUGAGGGAGACACCAGGGCACUGACAGCAGCGGAUGUUGUUCUCAUCCCAGCGCCUCAGUUAGAGGAUGUUCCUCUUGGUGACCUCAUGUAAUUAGCUCGUUCAAUAAAGCACUUCCUUUGUCUUUAUUUUUCUCUU